GGGGGAGGAGCGGGAGGAGGAAGCGGCAGCGGCGGCGGCGGCGGCGCGGAGACAGUCCCCGCGUCCACACGCAGCCGAUUGCCCACCCGGGCCUGCAGCGGGCAGCCCGCGUCCACGCACCCGCGGUGACCGCGCAAGCUGUCGCGCCUCGCGGACCCGGCCGCAAGCGCCCCUCAGCGUCCCGCUCGCCUGAGUCACCGCCAUGGCCGAGAGCGCGGAGAGCGGCGGCCCACCGGGCGCGCAGGACGGCGCGGCCGACGGCGGCCCCGCGGAGCCCAAGAUCAUGAAGGUCACGGUGAAGACGCCGAAAGAGAAGGAGGAGUUCGCUGUGCCCGAGAACAGCUCGGUCCAGCAGUUCAAAGAAGAAAUCUCUAAACGUUUCAACUCUCAUAUUGACCAACUUGUGUUGAUAUUUGCUGGAAAAAUUUUAAAAGAUCAAGAUACUUUGAGUCAGCAUGGGAUUCACGAUGGACUUACUGUUCACCUUGUCAUCAAAACACAGAACAGGCCGCAAGAUCAAUCAGCUCAGCAAACAAAUACCACUGGAAGCAAUGUGACCAAUUCACCAGCUCCUAAUAGUAACCCCACUUCUGGUUCUGCUAACAGCCCUUUUGGCUUAGGUGGACUUGGAGGACUUGCAGGUUUGAGUAGCUUGGGUUUAAAUACCACCAACUUCUCUGAACUGCAGAGCCAAAUGCAGCGGCAGCUUUUGUCCAACCCUGAAAUGAUGGUUCAGAUCAUGGAAAAUCCCUUCGUCCAGAGCAUGCUUUCAAACCCUGACUUGAUGCGGCAGUUGAUUAUGGCCAACCCGCAGAUGCAGCAGUUGAUACAGAGAAAUCCAGAGAUUAGUCACAUGCUUAAUAAUCCAGAUAUAAUGAGACAAACAUUGGAACUUGCCAGAAAUCCAGCAAUGAUGCAAGAAAUGAUGCGAAACCAGGACCGAGCCUUGAGCAACCUAGAAAGUAUUCCUGGGGGCUACAAUGCUUUACGACGCAUGUACACAGAUAUUCAGGAGCCUAUGCUGAAUGCUGCACAAGAGCAGUUUGGUGGUAAUCCAUUUGCUUCCUUAGUGAGCAGUUCCUCCUCAACAGAAGGGAGUCAGCCUUCUCGAACAGAAAAUAGGGAUCCGCUACCCAACCCGUGGGCUCCGCAGACUUCCCAGAGUGCACCAGCCUCUGGUAGCACCACUAGCACUGUGAGCGGCUCUGCUGGUAAUGCCACCAAUGCCCCUGCUGGGCAGAGCACCUCAGGUCUGGUGCCUGGAGCAGGAGCUAGUAUGUUCAACACACCAGGAAUGCAAAGCUUGUUGCAACAAAUAACUGAAAACCCACAGCUUAUGCAGAACAUGCUGUCUGCCCCAUACAUGAGAAGCAUGAUGCAAUCACUAAGCCAGAACCCUGACCUUGCUGCCCAGAUGAUGCUGAAUAAUCCCCUAUUUGCUGGAAAUCCUCAGCUUCAAGAACAAAUGAGACAACAGCUCCCAACUUUCCUCCAACAAAUGCAGAAUCCUGACACGCUGUCUGCAAUGUCAAACCCUAGAGCGAUGCAGGCAUUGUUGCAGAUUCAGCAAGGCUUGCAGACGUUGGCGACAGAAGCCCCCGGCCUCAUUCCAGGGUUUACUUCUGGCGUGGGAGCAGCAGGCAAUUCUGGAGGCUCCUCAGGAACCAAUGCACCAAACACUGCACCCAGUGAGAACACGAGCCCCACAGCGGGCGCUGCGGAGCCAGGCCACCAGCAGUUCAUCCAGCAGAUGCUGCAGGCGCUGGCUGGGGUGAAUCCUCAGCUACAGAGUCCAGAAGUCAGAUUUCAGCAACAACUGGAACAGCUCAGUGCGAUGGGCUUCUUGAACCGGGAAGCAAAUUUGCAAGCACUGAUAGCAACAGGGGGUGAUAUCAACGCAGCGAUUGAAAGGCUGCUGGGCUCCCAGCCAUCAUAGCAGCAUUUCUGUACCCUGAAAAAAUGUAAUUUAUUUUUGAUAACGGCUCUUAAAUCUUUAAAAUAACCUGCUUUAUUUCAUUGGAAUUCUGUGCUGUUAUAAAUGCAACAACAGGAAGAGUCUGGAGGUGAAGUGCAGUAAGAUGUGCGGGUUUCUGUAUCUCGAACAGUGGGAAUCAAUGUUUCCGGUUAAGGCUGCUGCAUGCAUCAAACACUUGGCAUUUAUUGUAAUUUUUUUUUUAAAUAUCACCUUUUCUAAUUGGGUGAACAAAUUUUUGUCCUGCAUCUGUCCAACUAACUUGCUUUUUAAACAUAACCUAUGGUAGUAAUUUAUGUAGAAUAAAGGCAUUAAAAAAAAGCAGAUCAUUUGCGCUCCAUGAUUUGUGGUACAAUAUUGCUUAUUGUGACUUUGGCAUGUACUUUGCAAAUAAUGCUGUAAGGUUUAUACUACUGACAAACUUUGUUUAUUUGUAUACGGUGCAAAUUAUUGCACAUUUCUAGGUCAUCUAAGCAAAAUUCCUGUAACCAAAAAAGUCAAAUAAGGAUUCCUAACUGUGUAGCAUCUUACAGCAUCUUUGAUAAACAUCUCUCAGCAAAAGUGCCAUUUAGUCAGGUUUAUUGAAAAUAAAGAAAAACUAAUUCUGGUUAUCUCUUUAGGAACACUUCAUGUACAGGCAACAUAAUGUACCGCUGCUAUCUCAACACUUAAAUAAUGGCUGCACGUUACCUUUAUUUUAUGCAGACUGAAGGAGCACUGUAACGUGGUCCAGUGCACCUGCCCGGGGCUUCCUGCUCCCCAUAGGUGUCUAAACAGCGUUGAGUUUCAUUGAACCGCCUCUUUGACUGGAAGUUCUGCUGCUUCUGUUAAUUGCCGUGUAUGUUAUGGGUGUGUCAGCCUUCUCAUUCAUAGGAAACGCCCGGAUUGAAAAUGAUUAGGGAGCCACUUGUUUCUCAAGUGUUUGGCUAGUUCUAUUAAGAAAUAGUUGAAUGUUCAGAGUCUCAGAGAAGGGGGUGGGGGAGGGAUGAGACAGAAUCUGUUCUGGAUUGGGCCAGCCUGAACUAGUAAUACUGGCAACCAAGAUUCUGUGAAGAUUCUAGUGUCAGUCGGGUGAAAAACAAAGAGCCGUUAUAAUGAUUUUAAGUAAGUUUGGCUAUUCUGUAGCCUCUUUCUUCCUUCCUCGAAGUUUUAUUUGCCUAAGUCUCAAACUGUUGGGGUGAUACAUUCCAUUGGGACCAAUUAAAAUUAUAACUUUAGGGUCAGUGAUAUAGUGACUGGCUCUGGUUCAGUAUUCUCUUAGGUCAUUGUAUUCUCUCUUGUACAAGUUGCCCGAAAUUAUAAUGUUAAAAUAAUCUAAAAUGAGUUCAGACAAAUAAAAUCAAGGGAAAUAGAAGGUGAAUUCCAUAACUUCUGUAAGUUGCUUGCUGUUAAAAGGUUUCGAGGCCAGGUUGCCCCCAGACUGUACGCUGUUCCGACACUUUCCCCAGGAAAAGAACAAGUACAGAGGUCGGGAUGGAGGCCUGGCUGGAGGAGGUCGGCAAGGAUCGUGCUCACCUGUGUCUGCUCUCAGCCUUGCUCCUCAGUGUGUCUGCUUUAAAGACUUCUUGUACUGGUGAUGGCGAUGCGCAGGUGGGACAGUGUCGUAAGCAGCUUGAUUUAUUAAUCGCCAAAUAACAAUAAACCUCCAGCUUUUA